GAUGUCACUUUGACAGGUUUGCGAGGUUUUCUUUAUAACUUUUUAUUAACUUGUGUACUUGUGUUUUUCUGCAUUUUUCCCCGUGAAAAUGUACUUAAUUGCACUUCUUGAUAGUCUCCACGGAUUCAUCAAUUAGUCGUGCAUCAAGUUUGUGUGAAAAACUGAUAAAGUGAGGUGGAAAUUGGUGGGAAAAGGUUGAAUGAAAAAAGGUCAAUUGGAGACAUCAAUUUUCUUCACUUUCAUUUUUUGCCCUCCACCGUCUUCGAGCACUGCGAGGAAGGAAAAUGGAAUAAAUUUGAUUAUUUGCCAAAAGGAAAAUUAAAUGAAAAGCUGCCACAGUGAUUUGUGGUGUUUUCUCGAGGAUUUUCCGUGGAAUUCAGUGAAAAUUCCGCGACACUCAGCGACAGGAGGAAAGGGUGAGUAAGCUCUUUUGUGAGAUGAUAAAAGAUUUUUUUUCUCUAUAAAUUUUAUUCUCAUUCUCAACAUUCUCAAGUUAUUAUUUUUCUUAUCAAAUUUAUUUGUACAGCCAGAAUCUAUUAAUAGAGGCAAUAUUCGUAUAAACACAAUUCUUUGGUCACUCUCCUCGAAGUGUGGAAAUUUUUUUAGGCUAUUCAACACGGGCUGUUUGCUAAUAAGAAAAAAAAACCUCCGACUGUGAGGUCCGGAAGUAUCUUGGGGCAAAAAGUUGGGCUACUUUUUCAAAUAUUUGCCUUUUGAGCCAUCAUUGAGCAUUGUUGGCAAUUUUGUAUUAUUUUAUUUUAUGCAAAAACAGCAUUUUUUUGCCCAAGGAAACACGUGGAUUAGCUCAGAGAAUGUUUACUGAGCAGAUUUUACUCUGAUUCGUCAGCCAGCCAAGGUUGAACAGUGAACGAGAGAAUUUCCUUGGCAAUGAACGCAAAAAUGUGUUGCAAAAUCUUAUUGAGGAAAACCACUUUAACCUGUUUGCCGGUCAUGAAAUUUCCAAGAAUCGCGCUAAUUCUUUUCAGCACGUUUCACUCAUCAUGUUACCACUCCCAUAAAAAAUACAAACUCAUUGGAAAAGCUUUAAAACAAUUAUUAGAAAUCUCUCUUGGAGAAUAUACUCUCUGAUUUUCCUAAUUGAAUUACCCUCAUUAACUAUUCAAAACAUCUUUAUUGAUUAAUCAAGCAUUCAAGCAUGGCAGUUAGAGGCUAAUUUUGGAAAUUUCCUCGUGGAAUAUUCAUUAACAUUCACAUAACGCUGAUCUUCUGACAUAUGCCGCGCACCUCUUAAAAUAAGAUAUUCACAUGCGAAAUUCAUUUCAAACAAGAAAAAAACUUCCAAUCAGAAUGACAAAAUUUGCGUUUUUGGCAUAAAAUGAUAAAAAAAAAUAAAAUUCUAACAUGCAGCGUAUCAGUGUGGGAAUUGGGGCAGGGAACAUCUUGGCAGAAUCACCUGUUUUUUUAUAAGCGUGUUAAGAAAAUUCUUUGGAUUUUUGCGUCGAAUGCAAGUCAAGGUAUUUUUCUUUUAAUUAAUUUCCCACUAAAUCUGUGUGCAAGAAUUCUGGGAAUUUUGCUAAACAAAGCAUCACUCGUGAGUAUUUGUUUUUCUUCUGUGCGGAAAUCUAAAAUGAAUAAAUUCUCAAAACUACAAAAGAAUUGCCAAGGGGUGAUUAGCAUUGAAGUUUUUGUGAAAAACUGUAGGUUUUUUUUAGAACUAGAAAAAGACUAAAAAUUAUGAAAAUUAUGCACAUUUUUCUGUGCAAGAUGUUUUUUCUGGUAUUAACCCUUUCGAGUCCGUGAUCAAGCGAGCUGAUUGAACUAAAAAUAAAUAUGGGUUUCUUUAAGCUCAAAUAAUGCAUUUUUACCAAAAAAAAACCAACUAAAAAAUUUUCGGUUUUUCGUUCUUCUUGAUACUGUGAGUCCUUAGGGAUGUCCUUUUGUGGUCAUAAAAUAAUCUGGGAUUGUAAAGACAUAGUCCUGUAUUAAUUUGGAGUCAAUAUUCAUAAAAUAACUAUAUAAAAUAAAACAUUUUCAAAAUCGAGCCUUUGGGUUAGCGUAUGACCCAAUGGACCUGACAGGGUUAAGUUAUUUGAAAAGAAUUUUGAAUGGUGAAAAAAAAACUAAAUAUUAAGAUUUUUAUAAUAAACUGUUUAAUACUUUAUUUAAUAUAGUUGUCUUAUUUACGUAAGUUGGCCUAACUUAUUUAUUUAUUAUUUUAUUUUAUUUUAUAAAAUUGUGGCAUUUAGGUACCCUAGAUUACAACUAAAUGAACCUAAUAAAGAUUUUAAGUUUUAUUAGAUCAAUAUAGCAGAUAAAAAGCUUGAGAGCACACUUUUCGUGCAUUCCAGCGACGUUUUGAUUAUUUUUUUGCUGUCUUCUGCAACAAUUUUAACGCAAAAAAAUAUUCAGCUUUCACAAUGUUCUUAACUUUAGUUCUGAAAGAUUAAGAACAAAGUCAGAACGUUUAACAAUAAAAAUUCAGUUAAAAAAAGUUCAGUUAGACUCUUAUUGGAUUUCUUUUCCAAGCAGUUAAUUUUUCAAAUUGGAAUGUAAAAUGAAUCCAACAAGAAUCAAAUAAGUGUUAUUUUUUUUGGCUAUGCUGCAGAUCUUAUCGAAUAUUUAAAGACCAAAAUGAAGAAUCAUUAUCAGCUAGGUUUAAAAAAAAUCACAAAAAUUGAUUUAAAUAAAUUAUUUUAUAAUUUUGAUUAAAAAGGUAAAGGGUUAGGAUUUUAUGGGGCUUUUUAUUCAAUAUCGCCCGCAGUUUUUGUGUGGAGUGAAGUUCUAUUGAACUCACUUUGAUUUUGUGUGAUUGUUUUUUGUGCGAUUUUAUUUUUUGUGUGUGUGCACUUCUCUGUGCACACAUUAUUUUGUGCGAAAGAGAGGAAUGGGAAGGAAACCGGUAUUAGGAAACGCUUGGCCAAGGAAAGGUAGAAAAUCUACCCAGCAGGGAAUCGAACCCGCUUCGUAGCGAUAUUGGGUAUGAUCAAAUCGGAGCGUUAACUGAUUGACCUACCGCCACCCUUAAUUUUGAUUAGCAAAUCCCAAUCAAUUAAACUUUUUGAAAUUUUUUUGAUUUUUUAAAAAUUAUUUUGGAAAUCGUUCGAAACUUAUAUCAAAAAUGAAUAAACUCCUUCAAUUUGCAAAGUUUAUGCUAUUGACCCCCGGCUGUUUGCCAUCAAUGCUGAUUCACGAUGGUUUUGUGAUAACUUCAAGAUACAUUUUCCAUUCCACAUGUUAUCACGAGUGGCUUAUUGCUGUGAUGACAAUAAAAUGUGAUUAUUUUUUUAUACGAUCCCUCGUGGCUGAUGAGGGUGGAAAAAUUUCCACCUUAUAGUAUAAAAUUGUAUAUUGCUGACAAUCGUCUGCAUUGCGUAAAUCUUUUAUAGAAAUUUACUUUUGUAUACCUACCCACAAGAUAAGACGCAGGAUAUUGCUUUUGCUAUUUUUGUCUCUUUUUAUGGAUUUUAAUAAAAAUUCUUGGCUGAAAGAAUUUUUAUUUCCUGUUGGGAAAAAAAUCUUAUUUUGAGGAGCUUUUCUUUAGCUGUUAGCUCAUUUAUCAUUUGGAUGCUGUGACAGGGAGGAGAAAAUAUAAAUUUUUGGGCAGCAUUAUGGAUAUAUUUCUAUGUGUAAGUGCAAUAUGCGGGGAAUUGUGUGUGGUAUGGGGAGAAAUUGUGAUUGCGUGUGUUGGUCUCUAUAGAUAAUGAUUUAUCACUUUCCGUCACAUUCUAUCGCAAAUUGCGAUUAUUUUUACGAUUUGAGAGUGCAUCAGUGAUUUGUGGGAUACCCAGGGGAGAGGAUGCGGGAACUUGACCGCGCGCACUCAAGUUAUACAUUUACAACGAAGAGGAAUUAGUAUCACACAGUUGGAUGUCUUUGGGUCACGGUCAGAGGCACAUACGGGGGAGCUAAAAGCAGGGUUGUGUAGCUAAGAGUACGUGGUUGAGUCAAUGUGAAGCUAUCAGCUGUGGUGUCUGGAUGUGACUGAGGUGAGGUGGCUCCGUUCGACAUCUCAUCUAUCGGAUGCGGACGACAGUCUCCACCGGAGUUUGGGGGCAUUUUGUGGCCGAAAGAAAGGAAAAAUACCAAAUGAGUGAGACAAAACUCAUCCAUCUCGUUCACAUUGAGCAAUCAAUUGGCAUAAAUUACCAGCAUUUUUUUUUAUUCGUGCCGUUCUAUUGCUGUGGCAUGAUUGAUUCGUGAUUCGGUGACAAAUUCUGUGCUUCUCGUUUAUUUCCUCGUAAAGAAAAAUAUCACUUCUUACCCACAAGUUGUGCCUCUUUGUACCAACACACUUUUCCCGCCACUUUGUGGACCUUCCUAGCAUAUCGCGAGUGUUUGAACAGCACCGAGUUUUUUUUUGCAUAACAAUUUGGCACACUUUUUAACCCCUUCCCACACUUGACAAUGAGUUUUCGUGCAAAUUUACUGGAAAAAUGCGAAAAGAGACGACCUGUGGUGAGAACUGUUUCGGAAUUGUCACCACUUAAUCCGCCAGCAAAUCAAUCCACAAGCCGUGAAGAGGGAAAUUUCUACGGUAGUACAUUUUCCUCCUACUUGGGGGGCUUUCGACGGAAUAAGAAAUCACAUUCAGCACAGGUAAUUUAUCGCAUAUAUAUGUGUCUUCCUGGCAAAAAUACAUAUAAACCUACUAUUUAUGUUACUCUUCCAAUAACUCGCGCACUUUCAAUGACAAACUCUAAUCUAUUUUGUACACUGCGAUGAAGAAAAGUUGGAGCAUUUAGUUUAUCUCUAAACGACGUGUCUUUUUGUUGAAUAUUUUCAUGAGAAAACAGUGGAAUUUUUUUCAUCUUAUUUGUUUGCGAAUUUAAGGUGUCUCACAAAGAAAGUAAACGGCAUUGUACGUCAUUUGUUUUAACUACUCAAACAGGGGAAAAAUAUUUAAGUUGAAAAGAAAAUUUACAUAAUAAUUUUUAAUUGGUGUUUAUAUAAAAAUAAAAUUAAAUUACCUGUAAAUCAUUGAAAGAAGAAAAAACUAUUAUUUUAUUUAAAUCAACUAUUGCUUUAAAGCUUUUACGGGUAAAAAGGAAAAGCUCGACGAGGAUUAACCAAUAAACAUUUUAAUUGAAUUUUUUAACCAAUAAAAAAGGAGCUUUUAAUUCUUCUUAUUUAUUUGAUUUUAAGCAAGAUAUUUUAGAAACAAUUUUUUUGGUCAAUGAACUUAAACUCCACCCACAUUUUCAUCAAAUAAAAUUUGAAAUCAAUAUGAAUUUAUUUACCUUCUAUAAAAUAAAACUAAAAAUCAUUGAAAGGAAAUUACCUUUCAAAAAAAUCUUAGGAAGAUCUUAUUCUUGAUCUUAUCAAUCAAAUGAAAAGAUUUUCUAUGAGCUAUUUAUAGAAAAUCGUCUCCUCGAUCUAUAUAUUAAAUUUUAUCACAAAUUUGACAGAGAAACCUUGUAUGGUGAUAAUUCUUCCUUGUUGCUAUAAAUAUGUGAGGUAAUGUUGAUCGGGUGGUUUAAAGCGAUGGAGAUAUUAGCGUGGAGAGCUCUUGAGUGACUCCCAAUAUAAUUAGUGUGAUUAUCGCCCAAUUAUUUCUCUUUUUUUUGCAAAAAAAAAUGACUGAUAGAGUGAUGGAGAGCGAGUGAGGAAAAAGAUGAGAUAGAUAGGAAAAAUUAUAUAACGAUUUUCAUUACAAAGCGUCAAUAAAUGUUUACUGGAUGAUUGUGAAUUGAGGCUAAAGUCUCUUCACAAGCUUUUAUGCAUGACUCUCUGGAGGCACCACCAUUUUAUUGAUGGGCAAAGGGAGAAACUAGAAAAAAAAAGUUUAGAAAUCGGGAAAAUUACUUUAAUAACAAGUUUUUAUUAAAUAUUGAUCUGUUGUUUAUUUAUUCACUUUUAUUUUUCCAUUAAUUUUCUUUUUAAAACCAAUACAGAUUAAAACUAAAUAACGUGAUAUGUUGUAUAACCAAAUUGGAUUAGUUUCAUUGGGAUAUUUCAGUAAAAAUCUACAAAUUCGUUUUGUUACAGCAAAUUAGAACCUCUGUAGAGCUGAUGUGAAAAUCUCCAAGCUCAAAUUAUGACAUACACACAUUUUAAUUAACAAUUUAUACAUACAUACAUUACUAUGUAUCUAUAUAAAACUAGGAGUGCAAAGAGAACCCGCAGAAAUAGUUUCAUUAACUUCUAUAUAAUAAAAUAAUUCUAGUUUGAUUGCCACAUGUUUCAUUUAUUUUUUCUGUUUUCUCCAACAUGAAAGUGAAGUCUUUCUCGGAGUUGAUUCAUUUUCAAGUGAUGUCGUAGAAUUUUAAUGAAUAUUUAAUUGAGUUGAGUGUGGAAAUAUAGAUAUUUACAGACUUUAACGGAAUAAGGUUAAUUUUAGGUCGUCUUCUCUAGAAAAUUGUUUUAAAGCAAUUAUUUUUAAUAAAAGUGUUUGGAGUUUUCAAUUUAUUCUAAGGGAAAUUCUAAACCUUUCUUAUGACAAAGAAGCAACUCCAGUGAAAUUUGAGAUAUUUUUUAACAAGGAAAUUUUUUUAACUUUCCUCAAUGUCACGAAGAAAGAAGGAACUUUGAAUCUUUAGAUAAAAUUAAAGAGGAAAAUUUUUAGAAAAUUUGCAUUGAAGGAUUCGGCAUUGUCGGUAUAAUUAAGUCUUUAUUCAUGUAUCAGAGAACCAAAGAAUAUUUUGCUGUGAAUAAUGAAUUUACAUUUUAUCCAUAAUCUACAAUUUAAUUUUAUUAACUACGCUCAUUUGAAAAGCCACAAUCAUCAAAAUGCGCCAGUUGUUAUUUCCUUAAAUCGUUAAUUUGCAACAAUGUCAUUUCAGCAGUAUGAACAAUAUUUUAGCACGCGCACCAUACAAAAGGGAAUUUAUUAUUGCAUCGAUUGGCAUGCAAAUGAAUCACUGAAAAAUUCAUCAAAUUGUUUCCACUACAAUUGCUUGACAUAUGUUGCACAAAAAUUGAGUGCUAAUUGAUGGAGAUAUUCAGUUCAGACAACUCUUGUCAAUUAAAUUCCCAUUUGACUUUUAAUACGUAAAUAAAUAGUGACGUGGUUUCGCAAUAAAUUUAUGUUGCGGAAAGAUUACAGGGUGUUCCACAAAACUGUUUGUUUUAGAUGGAAUUGAAAUGAAAUGAAUUGAUAAAAUUAGAUGAAAAUGGCAGUUCAUUGUAAGCCAUUUAUCAAUAAUUUUAGAAUUUUGUAAACAAAAGAAGGAACUUGUUUUUUAUUGUAUUUGAUCUAUUUAGACCUGAUGAAGUAUAUAAUAUUCUUCAAAACAUCAUGAUCAUCUUUCGCGUUCCGGAAAGACUUAAAAAAUUGAAGAAUAUUGAUCUGCAAAAUAUAAUUCUAUGCUCUAAAUUAUGUAGAAUUUUACAAACACCUUUUCAGCUUUUAAUUGAUCACCAAACAAUAAAAUAUAUUUUGCCAAUUAAUUUAUCUAAAGAAAAAUUUUCAGCAAUUCUGCCGAAGAACCCUGUAUUAUGAAUAAAGAAAAAAGAGAAGUGCUGUGGGAAGAUAGAAAGCAAAUAUUGUCUUUUGCUUCUGUUUGUGCACAACAAAAAGGAAGAGAUAUAUAGAAAAAGAUUCUAACGUGAGUGACUGUUCUAGUUCUCAAUGGAAAUUGAGAAUGAGGCUAAAAAGGCAAGGCAAUACAAUAUACAUUACAUAUAUUGCAAAUACAUAAACUAAUUGCAAUUUCUACAAAGAGUAUCGUUACUUUUCAUUUUUAAUUUGAAAUGGAACAUGGGGCGCUCUUUAUCAUUGCAUUGUCUUUAUGUCCGUCCCCCGCCCCCACUCCACGGGGGAAAUGUGGUACGCGGGGGUGAGAAUACGGUGUUGAUGUACGCGAUUAUUGUGUAUUGUGUUAAAGUGCGAGAGAAGGAGAGCAUGACAGAUAAUGGUACUACAUAUAAUGUGGAGAUAAAAGCUGACGAGAGACACUCAAAUGUGUAUGAUGACGCUUUGUCGACUUCCCCAGAGAAAAUCUACAAGUUUGCAACUUUACUUAUGGAAGAGUCGCCUUCAGUCACCAACAUCCAUUCCAAUUGCAUGGAAGUCUCUUCCUCGUGGGGGCCUAUAUAGUGAUGGCAUUUUCCCCCCUCACAAAGUGCCUCGUUCCGUGCAUUGUUGUUGCAAUUUUUUGAACUUCGUGUGGGUUCUAUCUUUUGCAACUUUUCCGCCACUUUUCCUUUCGCGCUUUUCCCAUUCGGCAUUGUGCCCCGUUUUUUUUCGCGCGCAAAAUGCGUUCUCAGAAAUAUUAGAGAAGGAAGGAAAAAACGAGACUCAAGUGCUCACAAUCGUGAUACUCCCCCUAAUUGGCUACACCAAGUGUGUGAUCACUACAUUGCGAUUUUUAUCACACAUUUUAAGAUUACAAUAAUUGUUUAAUCACUUUAUACACGCCAAUUUAGAUGAGCAGUGUAUUUGAACAACAUGUGAUAUUAGGAAGAAGUAAUAGAGAGAUAUUGUUAAUUUAAAAGCGUGCGAUGGUUAUUUUAUACAUAAUAAUGUUAAAUACUGUGCCCACUUGUGUGUGCUUCUUCAGUCGCGAUCUUCCCAUUUUCGUAGUUUACUGAAAAUUUACUUGUUUUUUUUUUUGGACGAGAAUUUUCAUGAGCGGUGCUUUGUCAGACUUCUAUUUGAGGGGAAAAAAUGUCUUUUAUCUCGUCUGUCGUCAUGAAAGUGGUGUUUCUUUAUUGUUUCUGCAAAGAUUAAAUACAGUUGGGGCUUUUAAUUGCACCCGUGGUAUCUAAUUUUCUUCUAUAUAUUUGCUAAAAGAUAAUCGCGCGUUUACAAGAAUUAGAUAAUGUGAAUUUGCAGCCACCUUCCACUUUCAACCAAUUGAACCAACACACACGGUUGUCGCUAAGAGAGAAAGAAUUGCAAAUGUUAAAGGACAAAAAAUAAUUUUGCAAACAUACUUCCGACUACAUAAAUUCAUUCUCAAACCGUUCUGUGGUUCAGUUUCAAUACAAAACUCGCGGUGGGUGUUGUGAAAGUUUCUCUCUUCGAUUUUAAAUUUUUAAUAAGGAAAAGUUUAUCUUGUAAUCAUGCUGAAGGGAUUUAGAAUAUCGCUUGAUCAGACUCUCAAUCGUUGCGAGUCGAUGGGGGCAUUUGGAUACAGGACACUACUACAAUAUGUGGAAUCCAAUGAUUUGCAAGGGCUCAAAACACUCCUGGACACACGACACCUGCCCGUGGAUGAUCGAGAUGAGAAUCAGACGACCGUGCUCAUGGUGUGCGCAACCCGUGGCAUGGUAUCAUUCGUCCGGGAGUUGAUUGCACGUGGAGCUGAUGUUCAAGCCGAGGACAUUGAUAACUGGACACCCCUGCUGUGUGCCGCAAAGGAAGGUCACGCGGAUGUAGUACAACUCCUGCUGGAACAUGAUGCAAAUCAGGAGCAUCGAGACAUGGGUGGAUGGUCUGCCCUAAUGUGGAGCUCAUACAAGGGACACACGGAUGUUGUGGCUCUCCUGCUGCAGCGUGGUGCUGAUGUGCAUGCACACGGGAACUACCACCUUGGGCCACUUCUGUGGGCAGCUGGGCGGGGGCACAAGGAGAUUGUGGAGAUGCUGGUGCAGCGUGGUGCCAAAGUGAAUGUGGGCGAUAAGUAUGGGACGACGGCACUUGUUUGGGCGUGCCGGAAGGGUAAUGCUGAGAUUGUGGACAUUCUCCUCAAGGCGGGUGCCAAUGUGGACAAUGCUGGCAUGUACUCGUGGACACCGCUCCUUGUCUCCGUGGCCGGGGGGCAUCAGGAGUGUGUGACACUGCUGCUGGAGAAGCGUCCCAAUGUGAAUGCAUUGGACAAGGAUGGGCUCACGGCGUUGUCAAUUGCAUGCCGGGAGGGGCUGCAGGAUACAGCAUCGGCAUUAAUUGCGGCCGGAGCUUAUGUGAAUAUUCAAGACCGUGCUGGUGAUACGCCACUAAUUCAUGCUGUCAAGGGGGGGCAUCGAGGUGUGGUUGAGGCGCUCCUCAAGCGACAUGUGGACAUUGAUAUUCAGGGAAAGGAGCGCAAGACAGCUCUGUAUACAGCUGUUGAGAAAGGCCAUACGCUAAUUGUGAAACUUCUGCUUGCUUCUAAUCCGGAUGUGGAAUUGGCCACAAAAGAUGGUGACACACCACUACUCAGAGCUGUCCGGAAUCGGCAUCUUGACAUUGUGCACAUGCUGCUGGAGAAGAAGGCUAAAGUUAGUGCAGUGGAUAGGAGGGGUGACACGUGCCUUCAUAUCGCCAUGAGGGCACGAUCAAAGGCUAUCGUUGAGGCGCUACUGCGUAAUCCUAAAAAUAGCAAACUCCUCUAUAGGGCCAACAAGGCAGGUGAAACACCCUAUGGACUGGAUACGGUGCAUCAGAAGACGAUUCUAGGGCAGGUUUUUGGCGCUAGACCUCUGAAUACAAAUGAGGAUUCUGAGGGAAUGUUGGGCUAUGAGCUGUACUCCUCAGCUCUUGCGGAUGUCCUCAGUGAGCCCACCCUCACAACCCCCAUUACAGUGGGUCUGUAUGCAAAAUGGGGCAGUGGGAAGAGUUUCCUGUUGUCCAAACUUCGGGAUGAAAUGAAGAGUUUCGCUCGGCAGUGGGCUGAACCACCCAUCAAGGCACCCUGGCUACUCUUCACCGUUUGCCUACAUGUUUGUCUUCUACUUGGAAUCGUUGUGAGUCUCAGCACGUGGUCGUAUGUUUGGGGAAUAUCAGCAGCAGGUUGUGCACUUGUUCUCUUCUACGUAGCUAACUUAGCGAUAAAGUUUGCCAGUAGACGGUACGACAUCAAUUGGGCCUAUUCAUUCCAUCAUGGACUAAUGAAACGCAUCGGAAGGCUUCGGCUCAUCAUGCAGGUGGCUUUCUGUCAUCCACCCGGAUCUCAGGGUGACCCCCAUGCAAUGCCGGUGCGCUUUCACUUUGCCGAAGCAAGUAGUGCUGCUCCAAAUGGCGAAGGAGCCGUGGGGCAUAUGCUAGCGUCGCUCUUUGAAGCCAUUGAAUCCCACUAUGGUUCCCUACCGACGCGUCUCUUUCGCGCCUUUCGUCCCAAACAUACAUCAUCGAGUCACUGGCGAUGGAGAAGAAUGUGCUGCAUGCCACUCAUCUUGCUCUUUGAGCUAGCAAUAGCAGUUGCAGUAACGGGUACUGCUCUGCUUAUUCUCUAUCUCAGUAAUCUCGACACGGAGCACGAUGAAGCCAUUCUCAUUGCAAUCUACGCCUUGGGGUCGGUGCUACUGGUGGGAUUUGUGGGGAAUCUGCAUUCGUGGGCAAAAGCUGUGAGAGCGCUCUUCUUCUCCCAAGGGCGUCAAUUGAAGAAAGCCAUGACUUCCGCUGAUCAUGCUUCCCUUACGGCUCUCGGAGCGGAAGUUUCCCUCAUGGCGGAUAUGAUAAAGUGUUUGGAUGCAUUUACGGGACAACAGAGUCGAUUAGUUGGUGUGGUCGAUGCACUGGAUUCAUGUGAUACGGAGAGAACACUAACAAUGCUGAAUGCCAUUCAAACUCUUCUCUCAUCGCCAAAUCGUCCAUUUGUCCUCCUUUUGGCCGUAGAUCCGCAUGUGAUUGCCAAAGCGGCUGAGGCCAAUAGUAGACGUUUGUUUACGGAAGGUGGUAUUGGGGGUCAUGACUUCCUGCGGAAUCUCGUGCAUUUGCCGGUGUAUCUGCAGAAUUCGGGGUUGAGGAAGGUGCAGAGGGCACAGAAUACGGCUCUUGCGUACCGAAGGAAUACCACAGAUGCAGCGGAAGAUCCAAUAUUGAGUCAUUCAGCCUCAGCGAGGCGGCUUUCGAAUGCAUCGGAGAUUAUGUCGAGUCAGGAGAAGCUACGAGCUCCCCCCGGAACCUCGCGUGGGGGCUCAAAGAAGUUGAGGCUAUCGGAAUCCGUGGCGAGUUCCAUCGGGUCCAAUCUCCAUCGUGUUGGACAGAAUCCUCAGGGUACGCUGGACAUGUCGAAGAUCCUCCUCACCGAUGACUACUUCAGCGAUGUCAAUCCACGAAGCAUGAGGCGCCUAAUGAAUGUAAUCUAUAUCACGGUGCGCUUGCUGAAAGCAUUCCAAAUUGACUUCAGCUGGUAUCGUUUGAGUUCAUGGAUCAAUCUCACAGAACAAUGGCCUGUGAGAGCCAGCAUGAUUGUUCUGCAGCACGAUCAAAAUGGUGAUUCCCUCGAUGACUCAACAUCACUCCAGUCAGUGUACGACAAAGUCAGACCGAAGAUUAGUUGUUUGCGUGAAGCAGCAGCACUGUUGGAAUUGGAUCGCGAUGAAAGGAAACUCGAUGCAUUUCUUCAACUUCACAAAGCUGAUCUCCUUGUGGCUGAUCUAAGGAUCUUCCUGCCGUUUACAAUAAAUCUCGAUCCCUACCUGCGAAAGGUCCUUAAAGAGGACCAACAAGCAAUGGAGGAUGAAGGGAUAAUCAUUCCAUUAAAACCAAAUAUACCGCUGAAUCCACGUACUAGUCUUCCGCGCUUUCCGCAGCCUUAUCCGCCUUAUCAGAAUAUCUUUGCAGCUGCAAAUCCGGCAAUCCCAGUGCUAACUUAUCAGUCGUAUGCAAAACCACCGCCUGUGCCCACGGUUGAGCAGCCGAAGAAGAAGAUUCAAUCUCAAUCCAGUGAUGUCUCACAAACUGCUCUCACGGACAUUCUAACGAAUGUUCCUGCGAAUUUGCAUCAAAUCCGACUAUCAAAGUUAAAUGUAAGUGGCUUGAGUGAUUUACUGCAGCAAAUCGAUGAGCUGCGACCCGCCUUAGAUAGUCUUCUUCCGGCAUUGAAGCAACACUCCAUUUCUGGUCGUGUCUUAAUGCACUGUGAUCUUCAAGAGUUAAAAAAUUUACUUAAUUUAAGCUUUGGUCAUUGGGAAAUCUUCAGAUUACUCAUAAUUACACUGAGAAAUCUGGAGAAGCAGCAACCAACGACGGCUACGGUGCGCGUGCAAGAUGACGAUGCCAUUGAUAGUCAAAAUAUUCAACCACCGACGUCAUCGGCUUCGAGCUAUUCGCGCCAAAAACCACAGAGUAUAAUGGAGAAACAGGUUACAUUGGAGGAACAGAUGAUCUGUGGUGCCCUGCAGACGCUCAAUGAGGAGGCUUUUGAGGAUGUUGUAGGGAGUGAACGUGGUGGUUCGGGGGAGAAGGUGUCAGAUGGGCAAAUUGGAAGGGUAUCACCGUCGUCCAGUUGGUCCGCAUCGCCGUCAAUUGUGCGAAGGGAGCCAAUUUUGAGGCCACGUGGGAGUGUUAAGUCAGAGAAGAAGGUCUCAAUUAAGAAUGAGGUGCCCAUUAAUAUUGAAUACAUUGCAGAGAAGAGGCAUGGAUCAACGGGAUCCUUUGCUAAGAUUCUCUCUCCUGGGUCAGCAGGACUUCCAGCAGGACGUCCAACAACAUUCGUCUAUGCGACGAAGAAUGAAAAAUCCGAACAAGCAGAGAAAGCCUUCAAGAUGACCCGGUCGUAUUCCUUUGAUAACGACUCACUGGACAAGGGGAUUGAGCUGAAAGACAUUUCAGGAACACCAGCCGGAUCAAUGGAUGAAGAAGUUCAACCACUUGUCAACGCUGCGCCAAACAAGACAAAGUGAAAUUUCUCUCUGUGGCUUCCCGCACUUGGCUGGACUUUCCCAUUUAAGUGUUGCAGCAACGUUUUCGUUUUUUACACACUCGCUCUAGUCAUGCUUGUCGCAAAAAAAAAUCAACGAUUGUUAAAAAAACCCCAAAAAGUUGCACCGCUGCGUAUUAUUAGCGCUAAAUUUAUAUUGUUUCAGCUUCGAAUAAAAGAAAUUAGCACUUUGCUGAAAUUUAGUGGGUCAAAGUUAAUUAUUAUUGGCCGAAUGCGUUGCGUCUUGUUCCACGAGACAAACACAAAUUAAUUUAAUUGAAAUUGCAAAUUUUAGUCAAAUGAAUAUAAUGAGAAAUGUACCAAAAAAUAGAGGAUCAAAAUAGCGAAAAUAAUAAAGAAUUUAUUAUUAUUUUAUUAGCUGAAUUGACAAAAUUAUCCGGAAACAUUAAAUAUUUUCUUAUUGAAAAGCAUUUUUACGUUUUAGAAAAAUACUUGAUUAAAAACUUAAUAAAAUAAACGUUAAGUUCUGCCCUACAUAUGCCCUACCGAACGAUGAAAUGAUUCCGAAUUUAUUUAUUCUUUAUUAAUAUUGCAUAUCUUAAUGAUAAUUAUUUUGAUUUUUGCUAUGUGUUGUGUCUUAAUUUAAGAGCGUGGGACAAAAUAGAGCAAAAGUGUCGUUAAAAUAAAUAUUUUCAACGUCCUUUAAAAAAAAACUUCUUAUUUCAACUGAUUUUCUUUUAAUUUCUAGAAAGAAUUUAAGAACUUAAAUUUUAAAUCUUAAUCUUAAGCAAUUCCGUACAUUCAUGAGCAAAAAUAAAGGCCUAAAAUCUCAUCUUAAAACGCUUUUCUAAAUCUUGAAGAAAAGUGUGUGAUUUUUCUCAUUCUUCCAAACUUCUUAAGAUUACGGAAUUGCUUAGAAUUUAUACUUAAAUCACAAAUUGAUAUGGACUUGGUGACUUCGGUACAAAAUCAAAAUGAAAUCUUAAUUUUCUCUUAGCAAAUAUAGGCACUGUAAUUCAAUUUUAAGGUAUAGUAGGUACUGAUUGCGAUAUAAGGUGCAAACAGAAUUUAUAUCCACUUGUUGAAAUAAAUUAAAUAAUUAUGCAAAUUAA